UGUCGCCGCAUUAUUUUACGCGAUUCACAACGACGCCCCGAUAGACGCCAAGGAGCAGAUAGAACAUUCCGCCAUAAUUGUAAAUUCUGACUCUGUAAGCGCAAGACUCAACAAGAUCCACUCUGCUAGUGCGAUGUGUCCAAUCCUGUACGUCGCAACGGAACGGGACGCCCGACAACGGAACUUCGACAGCCUUGUGAAAUUGAUCGAGCGACAAAAUCCAGACAUUCUACUUGGCUGGGAAGUGGAGGCGCUUUCGUGGGGCUAAGUUUUUCAGCAUGCGUUUCACCUUGGCCUCGGUAACACUUCCCAAUGAGAAGUACCGCACAUGCAGAUGUUUUCCAAAUCCGACGCCCACGCGUUUGAGAAGGACGAUGUAGGUGAGGUGAAGGUACCUGGUCGUAACAUCCUCGAUGUCUGGAGGAUCAUGAGACAUGAGGCAGCGUUAUUGACGUACACCUUUGAGAACGUCAUGCACCACGUUCUACACGAGAGAAUUCCGUGGCCUUCCUUCAAGACGUUGUCCACUUGGUGGAAACAGGAGAGCAUGAUAAUUAAAAGCAGAGUUAUACGUCAUUAUGUCACCAGGGUUGUAGGCACUCUCAAGCUUCUGAAUCACUUGGAUAUUAUAGGUAAAAUUAAAAAUUGAAAUUUUUUAAUUUUUUCUUCAUACCGUUUAUGGUAUCUAUUAUUUAUUUCAAACUUUCUUAAAUUCAUUAUUUUAUGCUCAUUAUAGGUCGCAUGUGUGAACACGCCCGAUAUUUCGGCAUACAAUUUUACGAGGUUUGUUCGCGAGUUUCGCGUCGAGUCUAUGAUGCUCAGAUUAGCGAAACCGAUGAACUACAUUCCGAUCUCACCGUCCGUGCAGCAGAGACCGAAGAUGCGCGCGCCGGAGUGCCUACCGUUGAU